UCCUGCGGCCGGCAACAGCGCCGUCAGGCGUAUAUCAGCGCACCGGUGGGCAGGUGCCUUCCUCAGUCCUUCGCCAUGCUCCCUCGAAGACUCAGCUGCCUCUUGCUGCUCUUGGCCGCCUCCGCCGAGGCCGUGCCCAGCAUUGGCCGCCGACGAGGCAAUUCCUCCACGGGCGUCUCUUCGCGCAAACUCAACCCUCACAAGGACGACCUGUACCCUGACGCGCCCCAGGAGAAACUCAUCUGGGAAGAGAACUUUGACCAACUCGAUCUCAGCGUCUGGGAUCACAUGGUGACCGGCUGGCGCGGCGGCAACAAGGAGUUCCAGUACUACAGAAAUGACAGGCGGAACAGCUACGUUGAGGACGGAAUUCUCCACAUUGUGCCCACAUUGACCGCUGAUGAGUAUGGCGAGGAAUUUCUCUACAAUGGGACGCUUUCCUAUCCAGGCUGCAACCAGAAACCGUGCGAAUCAACUUCCAGCCCGGACAUUGUUUUGCCAAUUCAGUCGGCUCGGAUCCGCACGCAAAAGUCGUUCGGUUUCCGGUACGGAAGAGUUGAGGUGCGAGCGAAACUUCCGCAAGGCGAUUGGCUGUGGCCUGCUAUUUGGAUGAAGCCAGUCGAAAAUUACUACGGCUGGUGGCCGUCGUCAGGAGAAAUUGACUUGGUUGAGGCGCGAGGAAACAAACGGCUGUUCAACUCGAAAGGAGUUUCUGUUGGAGUGGACAGGAUGGGUUCGACUCUGCACUAUGGCCCAAACGCUACUUACAACACCUGGAGACCAACCCAUUGGGAAAUGACCCUCGAAGGAAGCGGUCGGGAUUUUUCAGACGACUUCCACUUGUUUGGAAUGGAAUGGACAAGAAACUCAAUUACUUUUACUGUGGACGAUGAAAUUAUUGGAAGUGUCACGCCACCCUCAGGCGGUUUCUGGGCUAUUGGCGGAUUUGACAAAGACCCUGGCGGCCGCAACAUUUGGGAGAACGGUGAAUACCUGGCGCCCUUUGACCGAGAGUUCUUCUUCGUCCUGAACGUGGCCGUCGGUGGCACAUUCUUCCCCGAAAACUUCAAGAACGAGGCCUAUCCCCGACCGUGGUAUUUGAGCUCGAAGCACCCAAUGAGAGAUUUCUGGGAGCGACGAAAGCUGUGGUACCCAACCUGGGAUCCCAAAGAUUCGGCACUCAGGGUUGAUUAUAUCAGGGUUUACAAGUGGAUCAAUGGAGAGUAAAAGAAACUAAAUUUACCAGAGAUUUAUGCAGUUGAAAUGAAAUCUUGAUUCGUUUAAAGGCAUCAAACCGGCAGGUAAUUGAAACAUAUGCAACCUGCCUGGCAAAUCUGAUCCACUGGUUGCAUAACAUACAGCACGGUGCUAGACAAAAGUACAAGUUUAGUAGUGCCUUCCAUUUAGCAAUUAGAAUUUUAAUAAUUUUAUAUGACUUUAAAUUAUGUAUUAUAUUAUAUUGUUUUUCUUCAUUUUUAUUACAUGUUUAAAAAAUUUCACGUUACUAAGGGAUGAAAAGCAGAUUGAUUUUUGCAAGUUCUAGUCACAAGUUUUAAUUUUGAAAUUUCAAAAUAUGCUUAUUUUUUUGUUGUGAAUUUGUUUGUGUUUAUAUUUUUAAUAAACUCGUAUUUUUGCA